UUUAAUUUCCCAACUCCUCCAUAUUUGACCUCUUUAGUCCACCUAGAUCUUAACUUCCAUUUCCGUCUUCCUUUCUUGCUAUUAUUCUCCUCUCUGCCACAAUCUUGAUCCUAAAUUUCUCCAAAGACAACUUGAACUACCAUUCCCCCCCCCCCCCCCCCCCCCCCCACCCCAACAAAUCCCCUUUUUUUCCCCUCAAGAAAUGAAGUGAUGAUCUAGGUUUUCAAUUAAAAAAAACCAUCUUAGAUCUCUCCAUUCCCUUGUUCUCCUCCUUCCUUUCUUUAUUAUUUUCUUCCCUAAACUUCUCCAAGAAAACCUCAACUUUUUAUUUAUUCAUCAAAAGCCAUUUUUGAUCUAUUAAGCUUUCACAAUAAAAGCACAACUAUAAUAUUCUCUCAAAACAAAAGAAAUGCCCAUGGAACGUUCAAAUUCAUCAGGAAGCACAAACUCUUCAUUCUCAACAACAUCAAGAGCAAACUCUUCAUCAUCGUCAGUUGUAUCCAUACAAUGCUUAAAAGGAAGUUCAAAAGCCGAUGAAUGGACCGGAGACAUGUUAAUAACGGGCGAUAUCGUGGAAGAGCUUCGAAUAGGAAACAUGAUUCUCCGAUCACCCUUCAAGAAUGGGAAAAAUGGUAUUCAAAAGAUCAUGCAUAAUUCUUACAAGGCUAAGGAAACUUCUAUUUCGGUUCGUGUUAGACGUGGAUCUGAUGAUGAAUUGUUCACCGAGUUACAGGCAUGUAUCGUUCCAAAUGAAUUUGCCGGAAGAAAACAGUAUAUGCUUAGAGCUAUUGAUGAUCCCAACUAUGCCGUUGGUUUUGUUGAUCGAACAGAGAUGGAGUGUUUGGAAUUGCAAGGUUCAAGGAAGUCAAGAAUGGUGGGAGCACUGACAAGGACUCCACUUCAAGAAGGAUAUGUUAGCUAUCCGUGGGAGAAAAGAAUGAAUGAGUUUCUAGCAGUUCAAAAUUCAAGUAGCUUUUACUCACUGCUUCUCUUGCCAAAAGCCUCAGACAAAGUUUCAAUUCAUUAUAAUGAUUUAGAAGACACACUUUCCAGAGCAAAUGCUUGGCUCAUUGCUUCUCAGGCCUCUGGUGUUCCCAUUGUCUUCAUGAAUAUCCAGACGGAGUCUCUACUUACCAAGAUAUCAGGGGAGACAGCUUCGUGCACCGUAAGUGCUGGAUCACUUUCUGAUUUAUCAAACCUUGCAAAUGCAAGUUUGUAUGGUUUUGAAGAUUACCAUGGAGUGGAUAUUGGUGUUGUCCGAGCAGUUCGUCUUUGGUUUUCCCCACUUGGAGGAGAGAUUCCUAUUGAGAUCAAAAUCAAAGAAAAUGAUGUCAAACUUGGAUUUGCCAUCAGCAGAACUGAAGAGGGGUUUAUUCACAUAUCAUCAGUAAUUGAAGGUGAUGAGGAUGCACCUUCCUCAAGAUCAGGCCUUAGCAAUCUAUACAAGGAAGCAAUCAAAGAGUGCAAACUUUUAGUUGUAUCAAGAAUAUCCAACCAAAAGAUUCUUCCAUGGAUCGUUUCUCCGACAGGGGCGGUCAGGUGCUUUGACACCGUCUCUCUCAGCCAAAAAUUGUCUUUGCAUCGCCAUGCAAAGGUUCCAAUUGUCAUGCACGUGUUUCUUUGGGACCAUUCUGUCCCCGUGCCAAAUGGUGGUAGCAUUAAUCGGUCGAGGACUAUUUCCCCGACCAUGCUACCACCGUUGCCACCUGAAGUUCGGUUGGCACGCCAACCGAAUGAUAAUCAGGUGAUGCCAUUGCCUCCAGAAGUUGAAGAUGAGAGAGGAAGUCACAGUGAUGAAUCAGAACUAAGGCUUGAUAGGGACACUGCUGGGGAAUUUUCUUUUCGCUUCCAUGAUUUUUCUCUACCAAAUAAUUGGGUGUAAUUAUUUUCUUUUGACUUUGUUUGAUGUGUACAUAAAGAUGACAAGUUUUGUAACUAAUUGUGAUCUGUUUAAGGGGCAUUUGUAGCA